GCUAGGUCCCGACUCGCCUGUCCGCCGGCAUGGCAGCCACCGACCGGGUGCUUCUCCACGUUCCCGAGCCCCGGGCCGCCGCCCCCAGAACCAGGACGUUCUCCAGACCCCGUCCGGCCCGGGCUAGGCGGAUGAUUCCAGAGACCCGAAACUUGACUUCAUCUCCUUUUUUAUCUGAAUACUUAGAACUUCGUAAAAAUAAAUUUACAAAGUGAAGCAGCAAGCAGAGGCCACCAAAAGAAGAUACCGCGAGUCCAGCGAGGCUCCCCCAGCGAAACGGAGGAGCGAAGCAUCCUGUCUCCCAGCCAAGAAAACUGCCGCUAAAGAGACUCAAGGGACUUUUCAGGGAAAGGCACCAAAAACGUUUUCUCCAAAGAAGUCUUCGGCUGGUGGGAGUGAUAGAAACCAAGAGCGGAAACCGGGCAUUAAGACUUCAUCCCUGUUUAAAAACAACCCUGAAAUCCCGGAACUCCACAGACCUGUGGUAAAGCAGGUGCAAGAAAAAGUGUUCACUUCAGAUGCCUUUCACGAACUGGACCUCCACCCACAUUUAAUUUCCACAAUAAAUUCAGUCUUAAAAAUGUCUAGUAUGACCAGCGUUCAGAAGCAAAGUAUCCCUGUGUUGCUGGAAGGCAGAGAUGCUCUCGUGAGAUCCCAGACGGGCUCAGGUAAAACUCUUGCCUACUGCAUCCCUGUGGUCCAGUCCCUUCAAGCAAUGGAGUCCAAAAUACAGCGUGCUGACGGCCCCUAUGCCCUGAUACUGGUGCCAACGAGAGAGCUGGCUCUGCAAAGCUUUGAGACUGUCCAGAAACUGCUUAAGCCAUUUACCUGGAUUGUGCCUGGAGUGUUAAUGGGAGGAGAGAAGAGAAAAUCAGAAAAAGCCAGAAUCCGGAAAGGAAUAAAUAUCCUUAUCUCAACUCCUGGGCGGCUCGUGGAUCAUAUAAAAUCCACAAAGAACAUUCAUUUCAGUCGGAUACGGUGGCUGAUUCUGGACGAAGCAGACAGAAUCUUGGAUUUGGGUUUUGAAAAGGAUAUCACCGUGAUACUUAAUGCCAUAAAUGCCGAGUGCCAGGGACGACAGAACGUCUUGCUGUCGGCAACACUCACGGAAGGUGUCGCGCGGCUAGCCGAUAUCAGCUUACACAACCCAGUCAGUAUUUCUGUCCCGGAUGAAAGCCAUGACCGGUCUGACCCAAAGAGCAGAGCGGUUCUUGAAGCUUCUGCCCCACGGACUGGCAGUGAACUGGACAGCUUUGCCAUCCCAGCGGGUCUCGAUCAGCACGUGACAGUGGUUCCCAGCAAACUGAGGCUUGUCUCCCUAGCGGCCUUCAUCCUGCAGAAAUGCAAGUUUGAGAGAGACCAGAAGAUGGUUGUCUUUUUCUCGAGUUGCGAGCUGGUGGAGUUCCACUACAACCUCUUCCUCCAGACCCUGCUGGGCGGCUCGGGGGCCCCUGCCCAGGGGCGGCCGCCAUCUGCCUCUACGCAGUUCGGAUUCCUGCGGCUGCACGGGGACAUGGAGCAGGAGGAAAGAACGGCCGUGUUUCAAGAAUUCUCACGUUCCAAAGCGGGCGUCCUCCUCUGCACGGAUGUUGCCGCUCGGGGCUUGGAUCUCCCUCAAGUCACGUGGAUUGUUCAGUACAACGCUCCGGCUUCACCUGCUGAAUACAUCCACCGGAUUGGGAGAACGGCCCGGAUUGGCUGCCGUGGGAGCAGCCUGCUCAUUUUGGCUCCUUCAGAGGCAGAAUAUGUCAACUCGUUGGCUUCUCACAAAAUCAACGUUUCUGAGAUAAAGAUGGAAGAUAUCCUGUCUGUUCUGACCAAGGAUGAUUGUUUUAAAAGGAGCCGACGUGGAAACCAGAAAUCCCACGCCGUUGGCCCCCAGGAAAUCCGAGAGCGAGCCACAGUCUUGCAGACGGUGUUUGAAGAUUACGUGCACUCCAGCGAGAGGAGGGUCUCCGGGGCCAAGAAAGCCCUGCAGUCCUUCAUCCGGGCCUAUGCAACCUACCCCCGGGAGCUGAAGCACAUCUUCCACGUCCGCUUGCUCCACCUCGGGCACGUGGCUAAGAGCUUUGGGCUAAGAGAUGCCCCCAAAAAUCUUAGUGCCUUGUCUGUAAAGAAGAAGAAAGCAAACCUGAAGAGGCCCGACCUUCAGAGGAGGACCCAGAGCAGACACCGCCUCGCUGAAAUCUUGCGCUCAGAAUACUCAAGUGGGAUGGAGACCAGCGUCGCCAAGGUCAAAAAGCAAAGCGAGUGCGCGGGGCCGGGCAGCCAGCGCCCAGCCUCGGCCGUGGGAAAAAAGCAAGCCCAAAAGCCUCACGGAGGGACUGCGAGACUUCCCAGGAAGUAUUUGUAAACUCUGCGUCCACAGGACGGGGCCUGAGUGGAUCCCGGAGCUGGCGUCCUGUUCUCGUCUGAGCGGCCUUGUGGGAACUAACAGUGUGGCCUUCCCCGCUGACUCGUCCCUGAGACUGAGCACAGCCCAGAGCAGGGCUGGGGGUCAGCACAGGCCGGAUUAGCUGAGCAGCCUGUCUUGUAUUUACUCCAUCAAGGCAAGACGCUCAGCGACACCCAGAGAUCGCAUGGUGCCCCCACGACUUAACGUGAAAACCUAGGGUCCUGCGAGCCAGCCAGGGACUUGACCCUGCCUGUGACGAUGUUCUGUAAAGCAUCCCAGUUUACUUUAACCUGCCCUCUCAACACCUCUGUUGGCAGGAAAUAGGGUUUUUAAAACUAGAAUUGACUCUGUAAAGAAAGAGAAAAAACUCUUUAUCCGAUCAUUUUCUUGAUGCACAAAUGCUUUAUUAAAAAGGACCACAGGAGUGUU